CCAUAGCAAUACCUACCAGAACCUACGAACCGACGGAAGCCGACACAACUACCUAUGCAUGGUAAAACCCUAUGGGCAUAUUUUGUUCCUAUGACAAAUCAGGAGCAAGGCCGAAGCUUUGUCUUCGAUGGCUCCGGGAUCGGUACAAUGGAUCUUGUCGAAGGGCGUACCUAAAAUAGCCCCUUGUAUAACCUAUAUUGGUUCCCUAUUCCUCAAAGGGAUGCCUCCUGUCUUUACAUUCCAGACACCAAGUGCCUGUAAUUUUAUCUUACAAUAACAAUCAACGAUAUGAUAACAUUGUUGACAUAGCUGGAGAGAGCUUUCUAAAGAUGAUUUCCGCAAUCUACUAAGCGAACAAGGGGGCGAAUAGCCCCAGAAGGUUAGAUAGGCGGCUAGUCUAGGUAUUCUCUUGUAGUAAAUAACCUUUUGCCGAUACUGAUGGUAGUUGAGAGAUAGCGACCAUAUGGCUGGUGUAUAAAAGGAAAACCAGGGCAUAGUUUUUUUCUGGUCUACCAGAACUCGUAUAGUGUUUUCGAAAAAUAAAGUUGGCCGCUAGGAUGUCUCAAACAUCAGUAGAACUAGAACUCAUCCGUUCUCAGGUAGGGUCACCUGAGCAAGGGACAACCGAUAACUUGGACGGCAAUGCUGAAUUUUCCCUACCACCCGUGGACGGUGGGAAAGAAGCAUGGCUUUUUCUCGCCGCGAGUUUCGUCGUGGAUGCUCUGAUCUGGGGCUUUACUUUCUCCUUUGGUGUGUUCCAAGACUACUACAGUCAACACGAGCCGUUCACCUCAUCUAGCAAAAUUGCUGUCAUUGGAACAACCUCGGCAGGUCUACUGUAUCUAUUGUCGCCUAUCGCAUUAGGUAUAUACCGUCUAUUCCCACGCUACGUACGGUAUGCAACGCCGUUUGGGCUUCUCAUUGUGUUGCUAUCGCUCACUCUGGCUUCCCUUGCAACCUCCACAACUACUCUUAUUGCUCUCCAGGGAGUCCUCUAUGCCGUUGGAGGUACUAUAGCCUACACUCCAACCAUCCUCUUCAUCGAGGAGUGGUUUGCCGCGCGGAAGGGAAUGGCUUACGGGAUGGUUUGGUCUGGCGAGGGGCUGGCUAGCGCCGUGAUACCUCUGAUAUUGCAACGGCUUCUCACUCAAUAUGGUCACCAAACCACAUUGCGUGCCAGUGGCGUCGCAAUUUUCAUAGUUUGCGCUCCGCUAUCUUUCUUCAUCAAGCCUCGUCUGCCACCAAGCAAUACGGUAGCUACGCGACCUUGGGAGCUGAAGCUCUUGUUCUCGGGCAUAUUCGCACCAUACCAACUGGGUAAUCUUGUGCAAGGUACUGGUCACUUCAUACCCAGUAUCUAUCUUCCAACGUAUGCGCGCACAGUACUCGGGGCCUCGGGCUUUCUAGCUGCGCUGACAGUGCUCCUCGUCAACAUAGCCACGACGAUUGGCGCUCUUGUCAUGGGUGUGUUAACAGACCGGCUCCCAGCUACCACCUGCAUUCUUAUCUCAUCUGCUGGGGCAACUUUAGGCGUCUUCCUCGCAUGGGGCUUGUCUUCUUCUCUCGCGGUGUUAUAUGUUUUUUGCAUUAUGUAUGGCCUGUUCGCAGGUUCAUUCACCGCGACGUGGCCUGGGAUCAUGCGUGCUCUAGGACACACGCGUGAAUCUGGGGAGAUUACUGGAAUCGAUCCCACAUUGGUAUUCAGCGGGUUGUGCGCGGGCCGAGGCAUAGGUAGCUUGGUAUCUGGUCCUCUGAGUGAAGCCCUUAUCACAGAUAUGGAUUGGAAAGGUCAUGCGCGCGCUGGUUACGGCAGUGGAUAUGGCACAUUGAUUGUAUACACUGGAAUCACCGCGCUCGUGAGUUCGUCAAGCUUUAUGUGGAAAAUGCUCAUGACUGCGAGGACAAGUCUACGGCAAUAAGAUUAAGCGCCCUUGAAUAUGAGGCUUCACUGGUCUAGCCCUUGAUCUCCAGGGUAAUCAUAUCUAUAGCACACUGGUCAAGCCGAUAUCAUAUGAUAUCAAUGCGGUCUCUUUCUCGAGACACCUCGUAUCCAGGAGUUUCUUUCUAAUCGGCAAUAGAAUACUCAAAUAUGAUUACAAGAGAAAGAUGAGCUGGAGAUAGUCCCGUAACGUGGCAUCUACCGAUUGACUGGUUCUAGGGGCUCAAUCGCAGAAUACUGACCUGAUCAACAUUGAACCAAGGCCGACGAAUUGGGGGCUUAUUGAGUCCAUUUCAGAGGCUGAUUCCGAGAUGCGUGAGUUCUAAGAUAUCUUGUCUGUUAGACUAGAAGUCAAAACAUUCAUUUCUCUCUGCUCUACCCAUCUGGGACAGAUACAAUUCACUCUCAUGUCAUGUUUCCUAUCGUUGAGAGCAGCAAGAAUCUGAUCAAGACUUAUUCACACAGUAGAGAUAUGAGAAGAUAGAUGGAGGAUAGUUUAUUGGCAUACCGGCAUUCUUGGUCAAGCCGUUCACCGCGUGUUUCGAUGUGGUAUGUUAAACAAUUUCCGGUGAUGCGAUGUACGAUGCAGGCGAUCCUAACAAGACAAUGACUCCGCGGGUUGGCAUCCGGAGC